AGAAAGACUUUGGAUGCGUUCGAUUUUAAUUUCUGUGUUUGCCGUAAUUACAAGCCCCGCGGUUUUUCAACGUAAACGUAGAUACUCCGCCCGCGUGGGCUUCCAUGUGAUACAACAAUAUAGGAAAAUUUCCCGCGCGAUAUUGCAUUGUCCCGAGUUCAGUCGCGCUAAAACAUCAAACCCUGGAGAUGGCAAGCAUACUGGAUGUCCCGAAACCAAGAAUAAACUGCUCCAUGCUAUCGCAGCACAUAAGCAGACCGGUCUGUUUCGUUGGACGUGUUGAAAAGGUACACCCAACAGGAAAAUCGUUCACCGUCUCGGAUGGAGAAGGAAAGACUGCAACAGUUGAACUUAACGAACCUCUUGAGGAAGAGCUGAGCGGUGUUGUGGAGGCCAUUGGUAUGGUGUCCAACAAAGGGGCAAUAAUGGCCACCACAUACAACAUGCUGCGAGAGGACAAGGGCGUUCCUUUUGAUUUAGAGCUGUAUAAUGAAGCCCUGAAGGUCAUCCAUGAUUUCCCCCAGCACUACCCUUUUGAAGUGGCUGCAAGUGGAUGAGGACCACCAUGUGAAAAUGGAAUUCUUUGUUUCCCAUUGUUUGUGCCCAGUUUUUGUUGAGUAAAAAUAGAUUUGUACAAAAGAAAAUCUGUAAUAUCAAAUAAGUUUUGUCAGUAAAAUUAAAACCUGUAAAGACCAAA